GCAGGAUCAUCUAAACAUCAAGAAGCUGCCACGUGGCACCUCCAAAGCCCUAAUUAUUUAGGUCAGCAUAAAAAUUGCAAAAGGGUUUAAGCACUUUCAUUUCAUUGUUUUGAUUUCUGAAUCAGCGAUAAGCGCUUUUCGAGGUUUGAGCAAUGGCGUUCUUUGGUAAAAUGGGGAAGUUACUUACGAAUUCUGCUGUCAAGCAGAUCAAUCAUGAUUUGUCUAUGUCUACUCCUUCAGUAUUUCAAGCAAUUAGAUCAAUGUCAUCAGCAAAGCUUUUUGUUGGAGGUGUUUCAUAUAACACUGAUGAGUCCGGUCUCCGAGACCAUUUUGCUCGCUAUGGAGAAGUUCUUGAAGCAAAAAUUAUCAUGGAUCGUGAAACAGGUAGAUCCCGAGGUUUUGGUUUCAUAUCGUUUGCAACAGCCGAGGAGGCAUCUGCUGCCCUUCAGGCUACGGAUAACCAGGAUCUUCAUGGUCGGACAUUACGAGUGAACUAUGCUACAGAAAGGUCACGUCCUGGUUUUGGUGGCGGUGGUGGCUAUGGUGGUGGCGGCGGUGGUUAUGGUGGUGGCGGUGGAGGCUAUGGUGGUGGCGGCGGCGGUUAUGGUGGUGGCGGUGGAGGCUAUGGCAGCGGCUAUGGCGAUGGUGGCUAUGGCGGUAAUACUUAUGGUCGUAAUGAUAAUAAUAGUGGUGGACGCUAUGGAGGUGGUGGUGAUACUUAUGCUGCUGGUGGUGAACAAAGCAAUGACAUCAUUGAGCCAUUUGAAAACAACCACGUUGCAGAGAACAAUGAUCAACCCGAUGACUUCGCUGAGACCCGGAGGUGAGGGGAAAAUAUUUUCAUCAUGAUUGUAUUCCUUGCAAAGAGCAAGUAACAUGUGGGAUUGAUGAUAUAAUCAAAUGUGUUUCAAACUUUUGUUUACUUUUUCCCCUUUAUUUUUCAGAACUUCAUUGUUUGACUUCAAUUUUAUAGUUUGUCAGCUCAAUGACUGAUGUAAAAAUAAGAGUUUUCUAGGAUUGAUUACAACUACAUUUAUAAUAAUUUAAUUUUUCAACCGUUUGAA